CAGCUUCCUCUAGUCUCGCCUGGACAUGUUUCUGGUCGCUGAUGUUUUCAUCGUGGAUUUUUACCUUCUGCUUUUACUGGACUUUGGUUCCCGAAACUUGGGAAAACAAGCAGGCACAGUGGAAGACAUUCCUCACAGUUUUUCCCGAGGUCUGAUAACUCCUCCUAGGCUGCAUCCUGCCAACACGUCUCUGUUCCCUCCUCUUCUGAUCUGGAAGUUUCCUGCUGAGGCUAACAGCUUCCAGGCCUCAUUCACUGCAGCAACACGUGAUGUUUAGAUCAGAGCUGCUGUUGUUCUACAGAGGAGGAAACUACGCAGUUGUUACUGUGAGCUAAAAUGGCGCAGAGAAUAGUUCAACUAGACCAAAGUAACUUUUCUUGUUCAAUUUGUUUGGAUCUACUGAAGGAUCCGGUGACUAUUCCCUGUGGACACAGUUACUGUAUGAACUGUAUUAAAAGCCACUGGGAUGAAGAAGAUCAGAGGAGAAACCACAGCUGCCCUCAGUGCAGGAAAGAGUUCAUACCAAGACCUGAUCUGGAGAAAAACGUCAUGUUAGCUGAUUUAGUGGAGGAUCUGGAGAAGACUGGACUCCAAGCUGCUGCAGCUGAUCACUGCUAUGCUGGACCUGAAGAUGUGACCUGUGAUGUCUGCACUGGGAGGAAGAUGAAAGCUGUCAAGACCUGCCUGGUUUGUCUGAUUUCUUACUGUGAGAAUCAUCUUCAGCCUCAUUAUGAAUCUCCUGCUUUUAAAAAGCACAAGCUGGUGAAUCCCACCAAAACUCUCAUGGAAAGCAUCUGCUCUUGUCAUGAUGAGGUGAUGAAGAUGUUGAUGGAUGGUUAUGAAACAAUCUCUGCAGAAGCAGAAAGGGCUGAGAAGCAGAAGGAGCUCCAGGAGAGUCAACAACAAAUCCAUCAGAGAAUCCAGGACCAAGAGAAAGAUGUGAAGCUGCUUCAACAGGAGGUGGAGGCCAUCAAUGUCUCUGCUGAUAAAGCAGUGGAGGACAGUGAGAAGAUCUUCACUGAGAUGAUCCGUCUCCUCCGGGAAAGAAGCUCUGAUGUGAAGCAGCAGAUCAGAUCCCAGCAGGAAACUGAAGUGAGUCGAGUCAAAGAUGUUCAGGAGAAGCUGGAGCAGGAGAUCACUGAGCUGAAGAGGAAAGACGCUGAGCUGGAGCAGCUCUCACACACAGAGGAUCACAACCAGUUUCUCCUCAACUACCCCUCACUGCCAGCACUCAGUGAGUCUACACACUCAUCCAGCAUCAACAUCCGUCCUCUGAGACACUUUGAAGACGUGACAGCAGCUGUGUCAGAGCUCACAGACAAACUACAGGACAUCCUGAGAGACUCAUGGAGAAACGUUGAACUGGCAAUCACUGAAGUGGAUGUUCUACUGUCAGAACCAAAGACCAGAGAUGAAUUCUUAAAAUAUUCACAAGAAAUCACUCUGGAUCCAAACACAGCAAACAUAUUUCUGUUAUUAUCUGAGCAGAACAGAAAAGUAACAUUAAUGAACCGGCAACAAGAUUAUCCAGAUCAUCCUGACAGAUUCACUGGUUGUUAUCAAGUCCUGAGUAGAGAGACUCUGACUGGACGUUGUUACUGGGAGGUGGAGAGGACUGGGAGUGGAGUUUAUGUAGCCAUUUCUUACAAGAACAUCAACAGAAAAGAAGCCUUUGGGUUCAAUGACAGAUCUUGGUCUUUAUAUGGUUACACAGACAGUUACACAUUUUAUCACAACAACACUGAAACUCCAGUACCAGGUCCAGUUUCCUCCAGAAUAGGAGUGUACCUGGAUCACAGAGCAGGUGUUCUGUGUUUCUACAGCGUCUCUGAAACCAUGACUCUCCUCCACAGAGUCCAGACCAGAUUCACUCAGCCUCUAUAUGCUGGGGUUGGUCUUUAUUUCUCACUUUCCUGUCCUGGUGACUCCUCUGCUGAGUUCAUUAAGUUGAAAUAGUCAGCAGUGAUCUCAGGUCCAGUUGGUUAAAAUGUGUAUUUUAGUCCCAGUUCCUUUCGUCUCCAUCAUUGUUGCUGAGAGAUCAGCUGUCUUAGUGGAGCUUCUUUGUCAUCUUUAUUGUUUUUAUUAAUGUUUGAUGUGUGAUCAGAAUCUCUAAUUUCUUAAUUUUUUUCAUAUUUAGCUGCAUCAUUAUUAUCACAUUUAUCACUUCUGAUGUCACCAGAACCUGCUUGAGUUUCUGAUUAUUUUUAAAGCACAUUAACUAGGAGUGUUAGUGUUAGUUAAUGUAACUAACAUCAUCAUCAUUAGUAUUUUUUUCUGCUCUGCUUUCAGUUUAUUCUGAUUGAACCUCCAGAAUCUCCCUGCACUUCUUACUGUCAUGUUUUUAGUCUGAAUGUGUAAGAAACUGGAAAGUGUGGAUUGUUACAAGUAUCAUAAACAUGAUAUUGAUUUACUGUUUUCCUCAUUUUUUCCAGUUGUUUUGUUUGUAAAUGCAGACAAAAUGCUCUAAUUUAUUUUAAUAUCUACUUUAGAACUCCAUAUAUGUCAUAUUAUUUUGCAUAAAACAUUUUUAUGGUAGAUUUUUCACUUUGCUGUUAUGGUGAAAAGUCCAUUAAUUUUAGCAUAAACCUGUCAAUAAAUGAUCAGAGGAAAAAUUGACCGAUUUAUAUGUCUGAACAAUGGAUCGGUGCAUUUCUACUUUUUAUAUUUUAAUGUAAACAUCUACAAGAUUCAAGAAUGGACAAAUAAAAUAUAGAGAUUACAGUGGAGUAGAUUACUGACUGCUAGUUAUUAAAGAUUAAACUGUUCAAAUCUGAUUUCUGGCUCUCAAAGUCAAAUCUAAAAUCCUCCAACAUGGCUGAAGUCCAACAGAUGAUGCAUAAAAGUUUUUAAUGUGUCAGAAAGUAUGGCAAGCCGUUUUAACAUAAAUUCAGUUUUACCGCCCUUACAUUCCAGAUAUCUCAAAUUGUUUUAUGACGUUUUAGUGAUUUAAGAUAUCUCUAAUUACAGUCUGACUAGUCGAAACUCAUCUCUCCUUGAUUCCUGAAAUCCAUGGCAACAAUGAGUUUUAUUUUGUGUGUUUUUUUUUACAAUGGGAAUUAGCAGGUUAGCAUUAGCAUCAACUCCAUUGUCUCUCUUUUUAACCUUGUGAAUUAAAAAUGUAGCGUAAUCCACCUAAUGAAGGAUGAAACUUUAAAGAUGAACAUUAAAGUUUCAAUGCAAUAAAUUCUUAGUUUCAUUGCAAUAGCUGUACACACAAAGCAUAACGUGAGCAUAAUGUAAAAACGUUUACAACAUAAAAUAAAGGUACAAUCUUAAAAACAACUUUAGUUUAGGCAUAUGAUCAAACAAAUGCAGUUUUUAAAAAAAACAUAAACUUAUUUACACAAAAAACAUACAUUGUGCUUCUAUUAAAGAUUCUGUUAGUAAGAGAUUUUAACUCAGUUACAAAUUCUUCAGUCUGUUGUUGUCAAGCCGCUGUUCGUAAACAUACAACGCAGAAAAUGUCACUUCAAAAUAAAAGCAUCAAACCGGAAGUUAAUCAUAGAUAAAACUAAUUAAAGGCGAUAGACAUCAAAAAGUGAUACAAAUAAAUAAAGAACUUAUUUCAGAUCUAAUUUGUACUUUUUAUUCUUUUAUUGUCUUCGCUUUCUUUUGUAUGUAAUCUGGACUCUGAGUUUGUAAUAAAAUCUAUCUAUUUACAAAAACACUUACACUCCACACUCUUCAGAAAAACCACAUAUUGUUUUGCUUCUGCUUCUUGACAAAAUUCCCCAAAAACAUGUAGAAAUUGACCUUCAAAAAUUGCGUGUGGAGUACGUGUUCGUGUACCGCUUCAGGAAAACGGACCGAGACAUGAUGAUGGACACGUACAUCCAGAGGACGUCUCUGUCCCAGGACGGCCUGAGGCGAGGAGACGUGUCUCUGACCAUCAGGAACGUCAGCCUGCAGGACCACGGCAGGUUCCGAUGUUUCAUCCCACGCCUCAGGAUAGAAGCAGAACUUCUGCUUGUUGUUGGUGAGGAACGGGUCCAAACUGCAGGUUCUGAUCCGGAUCUGUUGGGGUUUUUUCUAAUCAGUCCUGUUAUUGUUGCUGUUUCAGAUCCUAACUUUGUUUCAACGACGACAACAGAGUCGGUUCAUCCCAGAAACCUCAUCACUCCGACGCCACAGCAGGAAACCGUGAGGAACGGUGAGUCAGCAGGUCCAAAACGUUUCAGAAUCACUUGUGAACCUGAAUGUUCCGUUUUAUUGCUUAUAAUUUCUCUCAUUUCAGAUCGUCGCUCCAGGCUGCUGCGCUGUUUGCCACUUCAUCUUUUCUUCUUCAUUGUUUGCCUGAAUUCAAUUUCUGUCUUUCGCUUUAAAACGUUGAGCAAAAACAAGUAAGUUAAAAAUAAUACCUGGAACACAUUCAUGUGUUUUUUCUUCAUCACAUGUUUUAGUUCGUAAUGUUUUCUUUGCUUCUCGCAGGUUUUCUGACGCUGCAUCUCUGCAGAGUCCGACUCCAGCCAGCGGCUGAAGACGUGAAUCCUGAUCCGUCAGAGUCUGAAUCUGCUGCUCUGCUGCUCAUCUCUUCCUCAACUCUUCUUCUCCCUGGUUUUCCUGCAGUUUCUUCUGUUGACGCUGCAGGAAUCUCCGCCUAGAUUUGCCAACAUGACGAGGACUCCAACAGAUUUACGUCUGGAGAAGAAACGAGAACCGAUCAAAACUCCUAGAAGUCUUCUUGAAGCGCUUCAGGUUUUGUUCAACCUCAGGAUGAAAUAGAUCAGGACAAAACGUCGACAUCUGUACUUAAUUUGAAGUGUUAUUGAAAACAACCUGUUAAACUUAACAAGGUUCUUUUUAUGGUAGCACUGGUUUACUGUUGUGAUAAUAUGUUUUAUUUUUUUUGUUGUUUUUUUACUUUACUCGACUAUUUAAACCACAGGAUAGUUUUUCCAAUCUGAAUUAAUGUGCCUUAAACAUUCACAUCAGCAGGUCUGGAGAUCAGAUCUGCAUUAGAUGCUUUGUAUAUUUUACUUAAUGAAUGUUUCAUUUUACCAGAAAAUGAUGCUUAUUUAUAGAAAAGUAGAAACAGAAAGUUGAGUUUCUGUUCAGGUUUUUAAUCCUGAAGAAUAUUUAACUGUUUAAACACUUAAAGUUCUUUAAAAAAAAUAAAAAAUAUAUGUUACAUUUCAAUUGACAAGAGCAGCUAAUAACUCCCUCUGUUCAAUAUGAACAUUAAAGAUUUUCAUGUCAUGAGGAAAACAAUUUUAUUUAAUUCUUGGAUUAUCCACAUGGGGGCGCUAGUUAGUUAUACAUUUUUAUUACAUAUUUUUGUCGAUGUGAAAAAUAAAGAGAGCAAAAACUCCUCUCACUCCAAAUGGUUUCAUAUUGUUAUAUUUUAGUGCUGUUUUGUUUAUUCUCUAUAAAUAAUUCAUGGUUGUAUCUCACCUGAAUUUAACUUCACAGGAAUGUUUUAUUCUCAUACAAAAUGUAGAAAAAUAUUCAUUAAAUUGUUUUAUUGACACUUGCUAUAUUUACAA